UUCCAUAUACUUAAUUCUCUCCUUCCCUUCCCAUCUCCCCAUUCAUUUUUAAUAUUUGUACUGCGGUGCAUGCGUUUUUUCCUUCAAUUAAUAACAGUAAUAAAUUUAUUGACAAUUGCUGAUGAAGGUUUCCUGACAGGGCCGGAGGUUUUUAACGAUUUAAACGAAAAUUGUUCUUUGUUGAAUGUAUCUAUUGCUAUUAUUGGCGCUGGAUUUUCUGGUCUAUCAGCCUUUAAUCACCUAUCAUCAAUUGGUCUACACAAUGUCCAAAUAUUUGAAGCUUCAAAUAGAGUUGGUGGAAGAGUUUAUCCCUUGGAAUUUGAAGGAAUAUUUCUUCAGCAAGGCGCUGAAUUUAUUAAUGGGAAAGAUAAUGCAAUUUAUAAAGCUGCCAGCAGACUUGGGUUAAUUACAGGAGAAGUGGACGAUUCUGCUCUGAUCUCUGAAGAUGCACAAUUUGUUUCUUCUCCAAAUUGUCAAAUUUCUCAAGACAAAUUAAACAAAUUUGCAGAGUUUAGCUCUUUUCUUGAAUUGAAAUAUGCAGAAAUGGCUAUGGAUAAUCGUGAGAUUUGGAGCAAAACAGUCGCUCAAGUUUUUGAUAGAGAUUAUGAAGAAUUUUUGAGGAAGAUGAACGCCUCAAAAGAAGAUAAACUUCAAUAUGACAGUCUCGCCAAAAUUUACCGUGGAUAUUAUGAAGGAGAAUGGUCUGCCCCGAUAGACAAAUUGGCCCUUCACAAUUAUGUUAAAUGGAAAGAUGGAAGUAAAUCUUUCCCUUUCAGUUCAUUUACCUUAAAUUCACGUGGUUAUGCCCCUAUUUUGGCUGAAUUGGUCGAGAACGUGCCUGUCAAUAAAUUAAAUUUAAAUUCACGUGUUGUACAGAUUGAUUAUAGAGGCAAACAUGUUCGUUUGAAGUUGCAAAAAACAAAUAAUGAUCAGAAUUUAAUGGAAGAAGAAUGGUUAUCUACACAUUUUGACUUUGUUAUUAUUACAGUACCCAUCGGACAUUUAAAACAAUUUUCUUCAACAAUGUUCCUCCCUCAACUUCCAAAACAUAAAUUAAAAAUAAUUGAAGCUAUAGGCUUUGGAAGUAUGGAAAAAGUUUUUCUGGUCUAUGAUAAACCCUUUUGGCCUGAAAAUAUGACGUCUUUAAUAGCUUUGAAUUGUAAUUGUGAAGAGGAGGAGGAAGGAAGGAUUAGAGACAGUCUUCACACAUUACAACCACAUCCUUGGGCAAAGAAUAGGGUGAGGAUUAAAAAUUAA